CCCGGGGAGGCCUUCCCGGGGACCUGGGGCAUCUGCCCUACCCCUGCGCAGGGCCGUGGGACCCCGGGGCGCGGCUCGGGCCGGCGCCUGCCUCAGCUCUCGCCCGUCACUCACCGGGCAGUGAGAGCCGGGACUCAGCCCGCCGGACUGCCCCGACCUCGCCAGCACCGCCGCCCCUGCCCUCCUGGGCCGCCUGCGCCCUGCCGAGCACUGGCCACCGUGCUUGGCCCGCCCGCACGCGCUCGCGGCCCACCGUGCGUGUCCAGCAGCAGGUUCCGUUUUCUCUGGGCUCCGAGUCGCACGAUUGGUGCACUGUCCACAGGGCGCCCUGCGCUGGCCGGGGGAUGGAGCGCGAGGGGCCGCCCGGGCGGAGCCCCGAGGAGAUGUACAUCCAGCAGAAGGUGCGCGUCCUGCUCAUGCUGAGGAAGAUGGGCUCCAACCUCACGGCCAGCGAGGAGGAGUUCCUGCGGACGUACGCGGGCGUCGUGAGCACCCAGCUGAGCCAGCUGCCGCCGCACGCCAUCGACCAGGGCGCCGAGGACGUGGUGAUGGCCUUCUCCAGGUCGGAGACGGAGGACCGCAGGCAGUAGCCGUGGACGCGUGGACACGCCGCCCCGUGGACCCCGCCCCACCCGCGCCCCGGAGAGGCCCCGGCUCCCCGACGAUGGGCCCCCAGGGACAGACUCGUGAUUGGCUGCAGGAAGAAACCUUUUUAUUUUUAAAUCUUGACCAGCGGGAACCUUUGAUUUUUAUUUCUGACUCUUGCUUUUUAAUAAAAAAACAAAAAUAAAAGCCGUGCGCCUGGGUCUAGGGCCGCCCCAGGCGCGGCCCGCGGGGCGGGGCUCAGGCAGGGACGCGGAGAGGUCCCAUUGGCUGCCGGGGCGGGCGAAGGAUUCUGAUUGGAUGGCUGGUGGCAACGGUUUUCUCUGAUUGGCUGCAGGUGCUCGGCUGGAAACAGGGUCUGGGACGUUGGUUGUAAUAUUUGAGUGAAAAAAAGAAACGAAGGAAACCA